GUCAUCACAACAGAAUCGCUUGAUUUAGAUGUCGAAGAUGUCAUCAAAACAGCAUCGCUUGAUUUAGAUGUCGGAGAUGUCAUCAAAACAGCAUCGCGUGCUUUAAACGUAACAAAAGUCAUCCCAACACACCGUCAGUGUUCAAUUGAGAUUACAAAUAAAUGCUCACAAUACACACUCUCUAACCCAAGUUAUUACACUGAGAGUGGUAGCUGUGCCAAACCUUUGCCUUAUCACAUUGACUCGGAUUCAUCCAGCAGUGGACUUUUCAUCAAGACUCCCUACGCUACUUCUGGAGCUGUCGGUGUCUUCACUUACGAUAUCAUCAACAAAUCUACAAAUAAGUCCACUGAGAAAAUAGCUGUAAUGUUUUCUGUGCCCUUUGAUUUCAACAUCUACUCAAUAUGGUACGCAGUGGGAAUCUUUGAUAUGAGCAAAGAGUGCAACCGUGAUCUUUAUAAUCAGAUGUACUACAAAACUGACAGCACGUUUGUCAGAAGUAAAGCAGCCCACGGUAUCAAACACAGUCACAAAGGAGUUACCAUCAUGGCUACGAUGGUAGACUCUUACCAACCUGUGAUGAUGGUGGAAGUGAGGGAUGAUGAUGAAUGAAAUAAGAGAAUUAAGAAGUGCUAAAAUUCUCCUGAUAAAUGGAACAUUUGUGCAUUUCCAACAAUGUCCUG